AUGAGCCUCCGUCUGCCUCUCAGGGGUGGGGACGAAUUCGCCACCAUCAUCAGCGCCUACGUUCCGCCGAUGUCUAGCCCCGACGACGCAAGAGACAAAUUCUACGAGGACCUGCACGCCUUCUUGGCGACUGUGUCGAAGGCGGACAAUUUGAUUGUCCUUGGCGACUUCAACGCCCGCGUUGGCACAGACCAUGAUGCCUGGAGGGGAGUGCUGGGUCCCCAUGGUCUCCGCGGCUCAAAUGACUAGGCCUGCUCCUUCUCCGCACCUGCGCAGAACACCGCCUCAUCCUGACGAACACCCUCUUCUGUCUGUCGGAACGAGGGAAAGCCACCUGGAGGCGGCCUCGGUCGCGUCAGUGGCACCUGCUGGACUAUGUCCUCGUCCGGAGGCGAGAUCAGCAGGACGUGCUGGUGACGAAGGCGAUCGUGGGCGCUGGCGGGUGGACCGACCACCGCCCCGUCAUCUUGAAGAUGCGUAUUCGCCUACAGCCUCACAGGAGAUCACAAGGUAAGCGAUCCCCAGGUAAGAUGAAUAUUGCCUUGUUGUCCUUGUCCGCUUACCAUCUUCAUUUAACUAAUGAGCUAGCUCAACGGCUAGACAACCUUCCUAUCGCAGCCGCCGUCGCUGCCGAGAACGCCUCUGUGGAGAACCGAUGGUGUCAAUUGCGGGACACAGUCCAGUCGACGGCGCUAGCCGUCCUCGGUCGCGCAGGCCGCCGCCAACACCAGGACUGGCUCGACGACAACCACGCCGCCAUCUGCAAUCUGCUCACCGAGAAGAACCGCGCCGACGACAGUACCGUCCUGACUGAGAAAACCCAAAUUCUAGAGUUAUGGGUCUAGUACUUCCAAGGCGUCCUCAGCCGCCCCUCCACCAUUUCCGACGCCGCCAUCGACCGUCUGCAGCAAGUGGAGACCAACGUGGACCUCGACCUCCAACCAUCUCUCCAGGAAACCAUCAGGGCCGUGCAGCAGCUCUCCAGCGGGAAAGCACCCGGAUCGGACACGAUCCCUGCUGAGGUCUACAGGCACGGCGGGCAUCAACUCUUGGAUCUGUUGUGUUGGUGAAAAUCCUGGUUAUUUGUUUUGUGGACCAGGGGGUGUGGUGGAACGCCAAGGUGAGGAUCCGUCCGAGCCAUCCACCUGCGUCCUCCCUCGUCUCCGUUCUUCUUGACUCUGUCUUGACACCGGGCCCAGGCGGGGGAGGAGGAGAGAUUGUAGGCAGAUGCAGCGCAAGUCUACUGGCACCAUAAAACCCUGCGCAAUUCACCGUCCCUACUCCCACCGCUGCUGCAGCUAUGGGGCACACGGUGGACACCGUCGAAAUCGACGGUCGUACUGUCGUGUCGUCGUGUGUGGGUGGGUGUGUGUGUAGGGGUUUCCAGCGGUGGGUUCAAGUUAUGGUCGUAGUAGGUCGCCCACUUGCUUGCAAGUGCCAACUACGCCUAGCGUUCAUUUGCUGGCACUCAACUCUCACCCAUGGCUCCCCGAAGCUAGGUUUAGAUCAGCGGCCACAUGACUGGCGGGCUAAACCAGGUGAGGGUAUCCGUGUGUGCAUCUGUACACAGGGUACUGUGGUCUCCCGCUGGCCGAAUGGAUCUUCGCAUCGACAUCUUCGAGACGAGGCUUUGCAUGGACCAUCGCAGGAGGCCACCAGGUAAGUGAAUCCUCAGAUAAGUGAAUUUUGCUCUGUUUCCUCCCUUACUUGCCUCACUUGACUCCUUACUUGCCUGCUCAGUCGCGUGCUGUAUGCUGCUUUUUUGCCUGCUGUUUAUCUCUUAGUCUGUGCCUGUCUCUGCUAACAGCUAGGUGUUACUGUGCUUGACUUCGAAUGAUGCCCUCCUACUUCUGUCUCUGACUGAUGACUAUGUCGGUUUGUCAAUCCUAACUGUGAGUCCCAUAGCGUUCUGUUGUGUGUAUACUCUCUCCUACUUAUUCCCCCCUCCCCCCCCCCAUCAAGGUCCCAGGCUAAUUCGGGUCGUUCUCUCACUAACAAAAAGUCGUGACCCAUAGUGGAGUUCGGCAGACGUCUGGGAUAGCCGGGCAUACCUAUUUAGGGGUUGCGCUGCCUGCCCACGCAAGGGAGAAGGGGCUAGAAAAGGUGCCCUAAAAAUUGCUGGGAACCACGCUGUCUGUUGGCUGGCCGUGGCCACAGACAAGAAACACACGGUCGAAACAGCCAAAACCGAAACAACAUCCGUCUCUCUCUUCCUCGUCCUACCUAUUCCCCUUCUUCCUCUCCUUCACACUUUCGCGGCCGCAAUCGCCAGACUGGCAGGGUGAGUCCGCUCGCUCUGGCAGCCUGGAAUGUUCGUUCACUUUUAGAAAAUCCAAGGAGCAACCGACCAGAAUGGAGGACAGCGCUACUGGCUCGGGAACUGGCCCGCUACAAGGUGGACAUCGCCGCACUCAGCUGCUCUUGUUGCCUGUUCUAUAUCCUUUGUCUGUGCCUGUCUCUGCUAAUAGCUAGGAGAUACUGUGCUUGACUUCGAAUGAUGCCCUGUUGCUUCUGUCCCUGACUGAUGAUUAUGUCUGCUUGAUCAGAAGAAGAAGCGAUCGUUGGAACAAGGGCUUUGUUCGCCUGACGUUUCGGAUUCUCACUUGAACCCAUCAUCAGAGACAGUGGCAGAGAAGUGGGUGACGGGUGCACAGAAAGUUGCAGCAUUUAUAGGAUGCAGUCGCUAUGCUACCUCAUACCUAUAGCAAUUACUCCGGCUCCCCUUCAUCAAGGAUUGUUUCACGCUGGUGCGCUAAUGACUUGAUGGCCGGCAUGUAAGUUGUUAAUUGGUGAACUCUCACCACCCGUGUUGGAUGCUGGCGUGAUGAUUGCUCGGCCAUCUGGCUCACCGGCUUGCGCGCUACCCGAGUGGUCAAUUACUUUGGCCAGCCUAUGCCUCAGCACGGAAUAUGGAGUGGGGUGUUGUCGUAUGUGCUGAUAGAAUGAGAUCCAGUGAACCAUGAGUCAAGCAACUCGCAACUCACGCGAUUAUCCCAUCUCGCGAGAAUUUCGGCCUAAUCGAACGUGAAUAUCCGGUCGGGUCUCGUCGAAUGGGCAGCGACAUGAGAGUUGGCGUCAUUUAUCCGCACCGCUGCCACGUGUUCGGCGAUUCGCGACCGGAGCAGUCUUCCAGUUUCUCCGAUUUAGUUACUUUGUCCGCAACUGCACCAGAUACGGUAAACGACUUUAGAUGUUUUUUUGCCGCACAACACGGCAGUGCGGCAGCUCUCCAGCCGGAAAGCACCCGGAUCGGACGCAAUCGCUGCUGAGGUCUACAAGCACCGAGGUCCGCAACUCAUGGAUCACCUGACUGCGCUCUUCCAGGAGAUGUGGUGUCAAGGUGAAGUCCCGCAAGAUUUCAAAGACGCAACAAUCGUGCACCUAUACAAGCGAAAAGGGAACCGCCAUGUCUGCGACAAUCACCGCGGCAUCUCCUUGCUGAACAUCGUCGGGAAGAUGAUCACUCGCAUCCUCCUCAAUCGUCUGAACAAUCAUCUGGAACAGGGCCUUCUGCCGGAAAGCCAAUGCGGAUUCCGUCGUCAUCGAGGGACCACGGAUAUGAUCUUGCGACGGCUUAUCAACUGCAGCCUGUCCUUGCAUAACACAGACAGCAACUGAGAUACAUACAGAGAUUUGAACUUACCCGGAGAUAAUCAAUAUAAAACAGCAAGGUUUUCGUAUAUUGCACGCAGAAUAAUAAUUAAAAUGGUAACUUGAAAACGCAACAUAGGAACGAAAAUGGGGAAGUUAACACGCGGAAUGUUUGCGUAAAUCGAAGUGCUCACAUUGGCCAGGGCAAGCUUAUGUUAAUUUCGUGGUCAAUCUGUUUGCAUAGGUCGGCUUUCUCUUCGCUCUAUAUAAACUGCCUCCAAGUAACGCAUAAUUCGAUUUGUUCGUGCCCGAACUAGUACUCGAAAAAAUGUUCUAGGGUCAGCGGGAUGACCGCUAUUUAGGAGGUGCUUUAUGAUAGAAGAUCGUAGAAUUUUAUUCUCCUGCUUUAGAAGUUAUUUGGGUAAGUGCUAAACUGACCUGGCUGUCAAUUGCCUUUGCGCCAGCCCAAUGUACUUGCAUCCACAAAUGCAUGUGAAUUCGUAAAUACAAUUUGACGUGGCGUGCAAUGGCAAGGCAUCAUUCGACAGUGGAACUUGGAUAGCCUUAGUUGGGCUGCAGAAUAUAAGUUCAGUGGAUUUGGGUGUUCCUUCAAUGACGCAUCUCAAUCGCCGCUUGGUUUUUGAGUUGCUGUCACGCUUAAAUGGGGAGAAUAUUACAACAGGCUUUCUAGGAACUGAUUGCUCUGUCAAUUUUGGCCGUAAAGUGUUACUAUACUUUUCGAUGAACCCCGUUGGACAUCCACGCUUAAGCAAGGCUGUUUCGAGGCAGGAAGUUUCAGCAUACAGUGGUUCCAUAGAGCAAAUGUUUCUUGCUCUUUGGAAUAUAGUUUUAACCAGAGUUCUCUUUCGUUGUAUCGGCACAAAGCUCAAGAAGUGUAGGUGUUGGCCUUUCCACGUAUCCUUGUGAAAAACCGAUCGUCUUAGUGAACCAUCUUACUGCCUAGUCAUGAGGACAUCCAGGAAAAAUAGCUUGUUACACUGCUCCUUUUCCAUUGUGAAUUUGAUCUUUGGAUGGCGACUAUUCAUGGUAACAAUUAGGUCUUCGGCUUCCUCGUUGUUAUCAACAAUAGCAAAAAUGUCGUCCUCAUAUUUUUGUUUGCAUAUUCAAUUUAAUUCUAAGUGACCCAUAAGAAUGUCGGUAAGGGUUGGACCAAAUGGACUUCCCACUGCCACUCCAUCUAUUUGUCUAUAUAGCUGUCCGUUAAACAGAAAUUGAACGUUUUUCGUGCAAACUUUCAACGGGUCACGUAAUAGUUCGGGCGAAAAACAGGUUUCAGACGCAUAAGCACAUAUAAUAUCGAUUACGUCACCGAGUGGUACAUUUGUAAAUAGUGAAGCAACGUCCAAGGAUACCGUGCAUCUGUUUGAAAUUUCCUGACGCCUAAUUUCUUCAAUAAAAUGGAAACUAUAUUUUAUCGUGUAGGUCGGAAAUAGGUGUCGUAUUGGUUCUAAUUCCUUGACAGGCCACUGCUCUAGUCUGUGUUGAGGUGAACAAAAUAUAGACUGAAUUGGUCGUAGAGGUGUGUCCUUCUCAUGAUUUUUUGGCAAUUCACAUAGUCUGGGAGUACAUGUACCCAUCGGUUUUAGGGAUUGCGUGGUUUUAGCAUAAAUCAGAUUUUUGUCGAACAAAUGAUUAAUUACUUCCCAGGCGGAGUCGUACUUUGCCUUGGUUUCAUCUUUCCCGGGCGUUUCAAGACGAAAUUUACUAGGAUCGUUCAAAGCAAAGAAAUAAUUGAAAUAAUUUUAUUAACAACCCAUCAGGGUCCCAUCAAUACAAGUAAAAAUAAAUUUUCAUGUGAAUUUUAGACAAAAUUCAAUUCAUAGUUUCUAAAUUAGUAGUCCGCUAAGAAAUAUGAUGAGCGAGCAGUGAAAAAACUCCACUCAAGAAUAAGAAAAAUGAUUGGAUUAACUUUACAGGAGGCAAAAACAGUCGCUCAUGAAAGGGCAAAAAUGCGGGCAGGGCUGGCCUGCAUAUGGCGGUGUAUAACGGAUUCAAAACGGACAUCUUCAGGGCCGAAUUGAUACGCCGGAUGAGACUACUCGCGUCAAAGAGGCCAGACGAGAGGAACCCAUACGCGAUCGGUCACAGUCCGCUUCAAGCCCAGCCAAGGAGUGGGGAAGGGAGGUACGACCAAACUACUAGUAGACGGCGAAUACUGAGGGUUCCGUCGUGAGCGUCGAUAGACCGCAUGAGGUGGAAGUGCGGGAGAUGACAUCAAGAACCGCGAAAAUCGUCGCUAUGGGGGAGAAGUGAUAGCAGUGGAUUUAUAAACCAAUUCAAAACGGGUUUUUAAUGAUAUAAUUGAGAAUUAUCACUUGAUCUACCACUAAAUCCCAGGAUGACCCUUCUCGAAGUCAAGAAUCUGAGUGUUUGGGAAUGAGAUUUGGGAAUGAGUGUUUGGGAAUGAAUUUUCACCCUCUCUCGGAAUUUAGUUUCUUCGAGAAUUCGACUUACUGUACGCUCUUAGAGCCUCAAUUAAGACGGAAUUAAGACCUAAACUCGACUCAUCAACAUCUUCCUCCCAACUAGUCUUCUGCAGCACAUUCCCAGUACUCCGAUUUCGGUCGUGCUCGUUCCUACAACUUGCAAGCCCAGACAGACGGAUUAUCUGCAGAACAACACAUCCGAAGCUUCUACAAAGGCUGAGUUGCUUUUCCACUAUUAGACAUUGUUUCAUCAUCGUCUCAAAGUACCCUAAUAGCAAAGAGUUACAAACUUUUUCCGAAUCCGAAACGAUUCGUACCCUUAGUUUCGACCGGCCGGAAGCGAAUCGAAUACGCCCUUGUCAAGCGAAACGGUGGCGAAUCGACUCCGAUCGUUCGUGACUCAUAAUUUUCAGGCAAACGACAGUCUACUUAUAUCCGUUAUAAGCGACCCCCCAGACCCCCAUCCAGGUUUCGCACCCAACCGGCCCCUAUAGUUACUGCUAAUACCAUUUCUAGCAAUGACUGUAAGUAAUGCUUUAUUAAAAUUGAAAAAAAUUUAUUUACAACAUAAAAUCUUUAAAUGUACAAAAAAGGUCAUUGUUCCGAUGACGGGCCCGCGCCACCAAUUUGCUUUUGUGAAUCUGCAACGGAAACAAUUGAGAUUAAUUUCUAUAAAAAAUAAGUUUUCAAUUACAUUAAAUUAAAUGUAUUUAUGUUAAAAGCAGACUCACUGUUAAUAUUGGCCUUAAUUUGCCUUUUCAAAAGCCUGUCAUAUGCCCGCUUGAAGGCGUUUUUCAUUGCCCGCUCCAACUGGUGACGGCCGGAGCGCUGUCCUCGAUUCCAGUGGUCGAAGACCUCUAUAAUAAAAUCCAUCAGCAUACAUGCAGUUCAGGUCCUACCCUGCCCUCGGAAGCUUCUCAACCAUACCAUAUGAAGUUACUUUCUACCGAAAGAUCGUCAUAAAAGCCUUUUCUUCAUACUUAAGCCUGCGCUCUUUGUGUAUAUAGAAAAGUUAUCCAGAAUGUUGGAGUCCGCACCUGUGUUUCAAAGUAACGCGCACUCGGGGUUCGAACCGAGGACCUCAAAAGUUAGAGCCAGCUCCGCUAACACCUGCACUAUCGCCGCACGACCGGAGCACACAGCUAAAAGCUUUGUUAAUUUGUCACCACAGGAUCUCGUAGGAUAUUCAUGUAAUGGUUGUCAAACGAUAGCCUACAAGAUGCAUCAACUAGAGGAAGAAGUAAGAAAUCUGAAGGAACUUAUUUACAAAACUGUUUCUUCAGAGGCCCGCCCGGGGUUAUCUACGCAGAGGUUAACUCGGAGUAGAGCGAGAGCCAUCCAGUGUGAAGAAUCCCCAGAAAGCAAUCAUGUGGUGAAUAAGACAACUGUUGUUAGUAGGCAAAUAGUGGCAUCCGAUGAAAAAAAGAAUAAGAAGAAGACUACACCUAACAUCACGGGGAAAAGUCGCCAGAAUACGAAAGAAAGCAUAUCGGUCUUGUCCGAAAAGCAGUUGAAAAACGAAACGACCGUAAAUGUGCCAGCAGAAGAAGUGAAAGGAAAGGAGCAGUUGACGCCCAACCGUAGAAAUCCCCAUACAAUGUGCUCAUUUCCGGAGCCUAACUUAGAGGGCUUAUCAGUUAGCGCAAUGACAUAUGGUUAUGGACCCACGGUGGAAUUAGCUGCCACCGCGAAUUCCCAUGUCAACAGAGUUGAGAACCGAGCCGAGGAAGCCUCUAAUUCAUGGGGGUCAAGCUCUCUUCAGAGCCCUCUGAUGGGAAGCAGUGCCCAUCAACCACAUCGUGCAACUAUUCAUGAUGCCUCAACAAGAUCCGCGGACGAACUUCACGGGGACAUAAAUACCAAUAUGACAGCCCCUUCCUUUUCGUCAGUCCACUUCGACGAGGACAAAGGACCGGUCAACGACGUCCAAACCGCAGAACACAGAGGAAUGCUUAACAAGGAUCACUGCAUCAUAAUUCAGGGCCUGCCAGAGUCUUCCGCCAGUACCCCCGGGGAACGAGUCGCUGCUGACUUAGAGCAAUUCCAGAAACUCCUAAAUGAAAUGCUGCAACCAACAGAAGAUGUCACAGUCGUAAAGGCGUUUCGUCUUUGUAGCCGUACAACCGCCGCUCCACAGACACGACCAAGACCCCUGAAACUUGCCCUAGGUAGCAAUGAGCAGGCGAAACUAAUCCUUUCCAGACGUUUUCGACUGAAAAAUUCCCAUAAAGGAGUGUUUUUUUCGGCCGGACUACUCACCUGCCGAGAGAAUGAAACGCCGCGAACUUGUCCUAGAAUUGAGAACACGACAAACUAACGGGGAAAAAGACUUGACAAUCUACAACGACCGGAUAGUCAAACGACAUUCCGCCCCACUCUGGAUCAAGCUGAUCCGAAUGACCGCACAGAUACCACGGUAGCCUGUGUCGGGGUUGAUAAAAAAUUACGCAUGAACUCGAAACUCAUAUUCAUUUAUACCAACGCGCAAAGUGUACUUUCUAAACUGGAUGAACUUCGUAUCCUUACCCAUGACCUCCACCCAUACCUUAUCUCAAUAACAGAAACAUGGCUUUCCGAACAGAUUGAUGAUAGAGAACUCAUGCUCCCUGGAUUUCAACUGUUCCACAGAGACAGACAAAACAGGAGGGGUGGAGGCAUAGUCACAUUUGUUAAAAAUGGCUUAUACGUUUCAGAAAAAACUGCCCAAUUGACUUGCAGUACGGAAGCGUUGUGGCUGAUCAUAAGGGCACCGGACUCUCAAAGCCUCGAUAUCUUGACAGUAUACCGCCCCCCGAGAAAUGACCCUGACGCUGAUGCCCAACUGCUGGAGGAGCUCAGAUUAUUUUCAACGCGGCCGACUUCUCUCAUCGUUGGAGAUUUUAAUGCACCUCACAUAAACUGGAGCUCGGCCUCAGCCGACUGCUCUUAAGCAGCAUUCGACCAGCAGUUACUGCGUACCUCCGACAAUCUGCUUCUAACCCAACACGUAAUGUUUCCAACGAGAGUUCGAGAGGGCCAGCAAAUGAAUUGCCUUGAUCUGGUGUUCACCAAGUCCUCUGACAAUAUCGAAGUUGUUAAUUGCCUCCCCCCGUUGGGUCAGAGUGACCGUGUAAUUCUCAUGCGGGAAUACACCUUAUUCUCCCUGCCUGCACAACCGCUCGAUUCCCGACCCAAUAUCUGGCGCGGAGAUUUCGAACAGAUGAGAAGGGAUCUAAGUCCUAUCGACUGGGCAUCCACUCUAUCCGGCGAUGUCGAAGAGGUUUGGUGUCAGUUCAAAGAGUUACUCCACAACCUCAUCUCCAACCAUUGCCCAAUCAUGCACAGAAGACUAACAAAUAGACCCCGCUGGCUGACUCCGUCCUUAAAGAAGGAGGUUAACAAGAAGAGGAAGCUGUGGAAAAGAUGCCUGACUGACCGGACGCCAGAAUCCCUAAGCAGAUAUAAGUCUCAGAGAAAUUGGGUCAAAGUUCUCAUCGCUAGAGAUCGGAAAGCCUUUGAAAAGGAUCUUCUCAACCGUGCCAGGGUUAAUCCCAAAGUCCUCUACAGCUACAUAAGACAGAGCACGCGGAACAAAGACCCCAUCCCACUGCUGCGAACAGCCGAGGGAAUGAAAAUCUCCGAUGACAAGGAUAAGGCUGAACACCUCUCUCAGUUUUACCGGUCCGUCGUGACAAGUGAACCUGAUUUUCUCUCCCUCAUUUGUGAAGACGAAGAAAAGCCUACCCUUGAAGCCGUAUUCUUCACCGAAGCAAUUGUUCGGAAUGAGUUACUUAAUCUGAAAGAAUCGACCUCCCCAGGCCCCGAUGCAAUCCCCGCCAAGCUGCUGAAGGAGCUAGCUCCCGAAAUGUCCAAGCCAUUAGCCUAGAUCUUCCAAACAUCAUUUCUUACUGGAUGCCUACCCUCUGACUGGAAGUCCGCUACCAUCAUUCCGCUUUUUAAGAGCGGAAGUCGUGCGUCUGCGAAUAACUACAGGCCAGUGAGUCUUACCUCCAUCUGUUGCAAAAUCAUAGAGAAGAUCAUUAAGAAGGCCUUGUUGCAGUUCCUCGAGCAGCACCACCUCCUCUCUGAUGCACAACAUGGCUUUCGAAGUGGUAGGUCCUGUCUCACGAAUCUGCUCUUUACGCUCGAACGCUGGACCAAAGCACGCGAUGAAGGUAAUGUGGUGCACGCCAUCUACAUCGAUUUCAAAAAGGCCUUCGACAGCGUUCCCUACCAACGUCUCUUACCCAAACUGCGCAACGCUGGAAUUCGUGGACGCCUUCUUGUAUGGAUCCAGAGCUUUUUGGCUGGACGGUCCCAAAGAGUGCAGGUCGGGCGUCAACAGUCCUCAGAGGUAAGCGUGGUGAGUGGCGUCCCACAGGACUCAGUCCUAGGUCCCACGUUAUUCCUCGUCUUCAUAAAUGACUGCGUCAAGGACUUAGACUGUGAUACCAUCCUGUUUGCCGCCGACAUUAAAUUGUGGAAAGUUAUUCACAAUGCGGCAGACGCAGACCAACUGCAAGCAAACCUGAACAGACUCGAAGACUGGUCGAAGCGCUGGCUUAUGCCCUUCAAUAUAAGCAAGUGCAACUUUCUUCAACUAGACAGCUUCAGAUCCUCCAGCCCCAGGACUUACUUUCUAGAGGGCACACCACUGCAACAGGUUGGCAGUCAGAAGGACUUGGGUGUAUGGAUUACAUCUUCACUCAAACCAACACUGCACUGCGCGAAGGCGGCUAAAUCGGCUAUGGCUACACUGCAACUCAUUAAGCGAGCAUUUAAGGGAUUUGAUCCAGACAGCUUUUCAAAAAUAUUUGGCACCUACGUGAGUCCUCAUCUAGAAUACGCCAUACAGGCGUGGAGACCUUGGACUGCCAAGGACUAUACCGUUUUGGAGAAGGUCCAGAGACGGGCGACCAGAAUGAAACAAGGUCUGGGAGCGCUGUCUUACGAAUCUCGACUGUCAGCUCUCAACCUAUUUCCACUUUCCUACAGGCAAUUACGUGGUGACCUUAUACUUGCAUUUCGCAUUAUCAACGGUCUAGACUGUUGUUUAGAUCCCACUGAUUAUUUCACACAAGCUAACACGCCCAAUUUGCGCGGUCAUCCCCCAAAACUACGCGCCGGGAAAGCAAGGAUCAAUGGAAGAAAGUUCUUUUUCAGUCACAGAGUGGUUGCAGCGUGGAAUGCCCUGCCAACCGAUGUUGGAACCUCCUCCUGUGUGAAUUCCUUUAAGUUUAGACUUGACGCGCAUCAAGCCUCCCAGUUACCAGCCUUGCAUCCACUCACAUAA